AUGCAUCCCAAAUAUACCCGACAGGGUGUUGACUCUCUUACGUUUCACCCCCCACCGCUCGAUUUCUCUCUGACCGUUCCAGAGCUCUACGAGUACAACGCACAGCACAGCCCACAGCACCCAUACCUCGUCUAUACCGAUGAUCAAGGGCAAUCCAAAGAGGUUUGCUAUCCCGAAGCUCUACACGCGAUAAGGAGGGCUGCGGGGAUAAUGGAGGUGCAUUACAAGCGAUGCGCUCAGCGAUAUGCUGAACAGAAGAGGGAGGAAAAUCAACCUCCAGUGAUCGCAGUUCUCGCAACGUCUGACAGCCUCAGUUACAUCUUCCUCCUCCACGGUAUCAUGCGCCUCGGACUGACGCCUUUCCCGAUCUCGACGCGCAACUCAGCUGCGGGAGUCGCUAAUUUACUGUUCAGAACUGGGGCGCUGCAGAUGGUCGUCAGUUCCGAUCCUGCGAUACAACGACUGUAUAAAGAGGCAGUUCAAAUACUCAGUGUGGAUGGUAUCGAUAUCGAUCUGGUCCCGAUGCUACGAUAUAGCGAAAUUGUGAUUGAAGGUCAAUACGAGAGUGCGGGCAAGGUGAGGAAGUUGCGCGCAGACGAGACAGCUGUCAUUUUGCAUUCUUCUGGUUCGACCGCAUUCCCUAAGCCCAUCAGGAUCUCGAGCCUGGGAUUUUUUAAUUGGACGCUGCUGCCAUACUAUGGUGAAAGAGAUCUAUGUGGGAAACGCGUCGGAAUGCACUCUGUGCCGAUGUUCCAUGCGAUGGGUAUAACAACCCUCACCUUUGGGUCAAUCUUACCCCCCAUGAUGCCGACGGUAGAUAAUAUAUUGGGAGCCACGGUUUCAGAUCGAUGUGAUAUCUUGUUCUGCGUCCCAUCCAUCGUAGAGAACUGUGCUCGUGAUCCCGCAAAUAUGCAAAUCUUAAGUAACUUAGAUGCCAUUAUUUACGCUGGUGCUCCUAUGAACCCGAUGGUUGGAGACAAGCUUGCAGACGCUGGAGUAGCUUUGUUCUCAACAUGGGGAAGCACAGAAAUCGGUGGCUGCGUGAUGUUCAUCCCAAAGAAACGACAGCCUGCAGGCGAGUGGGGAUACUUCUCACUGGCGCCGCACAUCGACAUGAGAAUGCUACCGCAAGAAAGUCAACAUGAUCUUUUUGAGCCCGCGAACGACUGGUGUUUCCCCAAUGUGUCGAAUAUGACUAUCGAUGGGCGACCGGCAUACGCAAUAGGAGAUUUACUUCAGCGACAUCCUCAGGAUCCGACCAGGUGGAGAGUGUACGGACGGAUUGAUGAGCAGAUCAUGCUAUCAACAGGAGAAAAGGCUUGCAUCGCACCUAUAGAGGAGAUACUUCUUCAAGACAAGCAUAUCACUGCAGCGAUCAUGUUUGGGCGUGGACGGACUCAAAAUGGUGUGCUUAUACAGCCAAAAGAAGCAUUUAUUUUCUCUCCUCAAGACGAGAAACGCUUAGAGGAGUUCAGGAACCUUAUCUGGCCGACUGUGGAAAGCGUCAAUAAAUAUGCUCCUGCUCACUCGAGGUUGUUCAAAGAAAUGAUUAUCGUCACCGAUCCAGCCAAACCACUGGAAUACACUCCUAAGGGUACUCCACGUCGACCAACCUCUCUCGCCCUGUACGAGGACGAAAUCGAAGCUGUCUAUAACGCAGUAAAUAAGGUAUCUCAGACGGAUCUACUCCCCCCUACAGAAUGGGAUAUAGAGCCCACUUUGGAGUUUGUGAGAACGGCAGUCGAACGAGUCAUGACUGUCUCUAUCGGUGAUAACGACGAUCUGUUCCAGAACGGUUGCGACAGUCUCCAAGCUACUUGGAUUCGUAACACCGUGAUUCAUGCCCUCCGAUCUUCCACUUCGCUCCCAGCACACAGCAUCCCCUACAACUUUGUCUACGACAAUCCUACCGUUCAAUCUAUGUCCAAGUUCAUUGUUGGGCUUGUUUCAGGCACGCUCGGCCUCAACACAGAAGCAGGGAAAGAAGCGAAGGUGUUGAGCAUGAAAGCAUUCGUGAAGAAGUAUGCCAGCUCCUUCCGACGUAGACCUAGCGAAGUCACGGCGAGCACAUUAGGAGGAACAGAUGAUGCUAGAGUUGUUCUCUUGACGGGAUCUACUGGGCGUCUCGGCUCCCACAUACUCUCGCAGCUUGCUGGAAGGCACGACGUCCGUAAAGUGUAUGCUCUGAACAGGACCUCUGCCGGUGCUUCGCUCAACUCGUCUCCUCUUAUGGGGAGACAGAAGGAUGCGUUCAGAGCUUGGGGACUUGAUGACGAUGUGCUGAACUCGGAUAAAGUAGUUCUACUUGAGGGCGAAGCUUCGCAGACCGACCUGGGAUUGGAGAGUGAUAUCUAUCGCGAGCUUCGAGAUUCUGUCACCGUCAUCAUUCACAAUGCAUGGCGCGUAGACUUCAAUGUCGCAUUAUCAUCUUUUGAGCCUCUUCUCGGCGGUGUUCGAAACCUCAUCGAGCUCUCGCUUGGCUCGACUCGUGCAGCGCCUCCCCAUAUUAUCUUCACGAGCUCUAUCUCGGUUUUGCGAAAUUAUACAGUGGAUACUCCAGCAACGGAAGUUGCGUUGCAUGACCCUCAUAUCGCUAUAGGGGGUGGGUACAGUGAGAGCAAAUGGAUCGCUGAGCAAUUGCUCGAAGAAGCUGCACGCUUGGCAAGUGUUCCGACGACAACUGUGCGCAUCGGACAAUUGAGCGGCGACAAACGCAUAGGAGGGUGGACUGAGAAGGAGUGGGUGCCUGCGAUGCUCAAGCUGUCACAACUAGUCGGUGCACUACCCAUGCGUAACGAGACGUUGAGCUGGAUCGCCGUCGACACGGCAGCGUCUGCCCUGCUCGAUAUGCUCGACACUACUGAGCCAGUUCUGCACAUUGUUCACCCGCAUCCCGUGCCCUGGUCGACCUUCACGCUGACGGCAAGCACGCUACUCAACAUUCCGGUCGUGCCGUACGUUGAAUGGGUGGAGCGACUGCGAGGUCUUCAAGACGAUGCUCCUGGUUUCAAACCCACCUCAGCUAUAGCUUUGCGACCUUUCUUUGAGAGCUUUGAUCUGGCCACGGAUGCAGAGCUGAGCACAGACAAAGCUGUGGUUGUUUCGAAUGUUUUAAGAGAAGCUAAGCCGAUGUCCGCAGAUGAUGUCAGUAAAUGGGUUUCAUAUCUUCGGGACGUCUCGUUCUUAGAUAUUUGA